GCUUGUGAGCGCAGCAAAGCUGGCAGUGCCCCAGAACAGAAAUGCAGUGGGAACGCGUGCUCCAUUCAUUGAGACAGAAAGACAAACGCAACUGGUUCUCCAUAUUGUUUUAUUUUUAAGUUUGUUUAUUCGCUUAAAUAAAACGAAACCAUAGAAUGAUCACGAUGAACAAAAACUAAAGGGCAGGGUUGCCAACUUCGGUCAGCUGGCUGGCGUGAGAUUUUCAAUUCGAGACAAGUCUGCACACGUAUUUACAUGCAUGUUUUAUUGUCUUGUAAAUAGUAUGUAGGGUUUGCAAACUACUCCAUCGUUAAUUUUAGGUUUAUAAUGGAGUAGUAUAAAAAUGCCGUAUAAGAUAUCUUGCUUGAGCGUGAGAAUCUGAAAGCGUGAGCGUUGGCAACCCUGCUAAAAAGCACGAGAUAAAAUUUGAAAAGCUUCUAAAUUUCAAAAGCGCUGUAAUUAGUAUGUAGCCAAUCUGACAGCGAUCACUUCGAUUUUGUUUAAUAUUCACCUGACCCCCAGUGGGUUAACAUUCUGAUACAUUAUUUAUACUUGAACAGAUACAGUAAACAAGUCGAACUACGAUAAGCGAAGCUUAAACACAGGCUUUCGCACGCAAGCUGGUGUGUGGCGCCCUCAGUUUUAUUCAUGGUGGUGUUAUUAUAGGACGCAGCCGACAGCUGGGAAAGGGGAGGGAGGCGAGCCGCGGAUUUGACUAACGGAUUUGUUUCGAUAUUUCUCAGUUUCUCUUCUACAUCUCGGUUUUAUUCACUUUAUAAAAAAAAAACAGCAGUCUGAGUCUGCCUGCACAGAUCGGGUACAGCAUACGGUCAUGCGGCUCCGUGAUCGAGCGAAACACUCAGUGGGAAGAGAUGCAGGACUUUAUUAAAGUGGUACCAUGCCUUACCAGCGGCGUAAACUCAUGAGGCUUAAGGGAGGCGACUGAAUCAGUGAAGAGGGGGGCGGGGGACAAAAAGUAUGCUGCCGCGACAAGCAUGUGCUGAAGGGAACCGAAACGGUAGCGGGAUGAAGGCGAUGAUGAGGAAGAGGGAAGCGCGGCUCGCCCUUCGCCUCGGAUGCUGCGCAGUGGCGCUCCUCGCUUUCGUCGGCUUCGCCCAACUUCUGCAAAGGACACAUUCUCGGAGCUCCAGAUGGGCCGCACGCAGGCUGCUGCAGGAGGCCGAGGAGAACUGUACCCACCGGCCCCGGGAUGCUCUUAACACCUGUGCUGGUUUCGCCCUCCCACCAGUCGAGUUUCCGGACGACGUCUUCACCACGGAGGAGCGCCGGCGAGGUGCCAUGUUGCUGCACGUCUUCUGUGCCGUCUACAUGUUCUACGCUCUCGCCAUCAUCUGUGACGAAUACUUCGUCCCUUCUCUCGAAAAGAUAUCCGAGAACUUGCAGCUAAGUCAGGAUGUGGCAGGGGCUACAUUCAUGGCAGCUGGAAGCUCCGCCCCUGAACUCUUUACAUCUCUGAUUGGGGUGUUCAUCACCAAAGGGGACGUGGGAGUUGGGACCAUCAUCGGCUCGGCCGUCUUCAACAUCCUGGUCAUCAUCGGGAUCUGCGGCGUCUUCACGUACCGGACCAUCUCCCUGACUUGGUGGCCCCUGUUCCGGGACUCCCUCUUCUACUUAUUCUCAGUGGUAGCCCUCAUCCUGGUGGUCUAUGACGGGAGGGUGGUCUGGUGGGAAUCUGUGCUGCUGGUCACCAUGUAUGGCUUCUACAUCCUCAUCAUGAAGUUCAACAGCAGGAUCUUUGGGAUCGCGGAGCAGCACUGCGGGAGACCCGGCUCGUCCUGCGGGGGGAGCGACCUGCAGGAUGAUGGCGUGACAGCCGACAGGGGGGCCAACGGCGACUUCUCCUCCAUCCUGCUGAGGAAAGCAGGGGGCGAGUCGGCGGCCGAGGCCCCUGUGGUGAUGGUGGACGAGCUCCUUAGAGCACACCCCCGGCAGAUCUCCUUCUCCGAGGCCAGCAUGCGUGUGAUGAUCACAGGCCACUUCUGCCCGCGCACCCGCCUGGUCAUGGCCAGCCGCCUACUCAUCAAUGAGAGGCAGCGGCUGUCCCGGAACUCUGCGACCGGCAAUGGGGGGGUCGUCGCAGCCAAGGGUGUAAACCAGGGGGGCGGAGGCGGCAGCCUCCCAGAGGCCGCGAGGCAGCCUCCAGAAGAGGCAGGGGAUGCGGAGAGGGCCCAGAGCAGAUCGAAGGAGGAGUUGGUUGCCGAGGGCAAUGGAGGGCCUGUGGAGGCAGAGGAACAUGAUGAACAAGAGGAACUGUUCAGCCCCUUUAAGAUUCCCAGAGGGCGCUGUGAUUGCAUAAAGUGGCUGGUAUCCUGGCCCCUCAGGCUGCUGCUCUACUGCACUGUGCCCAACUGCGUGGUCCCGCGAUGGCGCCGCUGGUUCAUGGUCACCUUCGUGACCUCCACGCUGUGGAUCGCAGUCUUCUCCUACCUCAUGGUGUGGAUGGUCACCAUCAUCAGUCUCACACUCGACAUCCCCGACUUCAUUAUGGGCAUCACCUUCCUGGCCGCCGGCACAAGCGUGCCCGACUGCAUGGCCAGCCUCAUAGUCGCCCGCCAAGGCCUGGGGGACAUGGCAGUGUCCAACUCUAUAGGAAGCAACAUCUUCGACAUUCUCCUGGGGCUGGGCUUUCCCUGGGUAUUACGCACCCUGGUGGUAGAUUAUGGAACAGCAGUUUCCAUCAAGAACAAGGGGUUGGUAUACUCCGUCAUCCUCCUCCUGGCGUCUGUCUUUCUUACGGUGUCAAGUGUCCAUCUGAACCACUGGAAGCUGGACCGCCGCCUAGGCUUUGGCUUGCUCUUCCUCUACGCCAUCUUCAUCCUUUGCUCCAUCAUCCUGAACGUACAGUUAUGACGUGGCGAUCGGGACGGCGUCAAGGAACGGAGCCCCGUUCCCAACAUAUAGGGGGCGUCUGUGCUCAUACGGACGCAUCGGCAUGGACACAACCGGGACCCAGCAUCUCUGUGUCACCUCAUGAGAGCAGACUGACCUGGAGCGGCUACCAAAAGACGCUCCAGCGGGCCAGCAGGCUGGUCUGGGCUGCUGUGGCUGAAUGUGGGGCAGGUUCUGGUCCUUCGACCCCAAUGAGAUUUUUUCAGUCUGACAUCACAUUGUGGCAGGAAUCCUUAAUAAGAGGAUCAUGAAGAAAUUUUUAUGUUUCAGACACUUACCUCAACUCAAUAAUGGCUGACAGUUUAGGUCAGACUGCUUACGAACAUGGGCGCCGGUAGGUCCAAUCACUUGGGGCUAUUGCCCCAAGAAUUUUAGCCCCAAUGCCAACAAAAAAAGUCAAACCCCGUGUAAACUUGACUUAGUCCCUGAUGUGUUCAAUAGAAACGCCCCUGCUGAUGAAUAUUACCAGAGGUGGGUAGUUCAGGUCCAAAAAGUAAAAAUCCAGACCAGGAUUUCGUUUCAACCAACCAGUUGAGUAAUCUGUGACUGUGACUCUUUAUACUGGUUGGUUGAAACAAAAUCUUGGUCUGGAUUUUUAAUUUCUGGGCCUGAACUAUUCACUUCUGAAUAUUACAGUAUACAAAGUAUUACAAACUAAACAAGCAAAACCCUUACACCCAUUAUAAUCACAUUUCAUUUUUAUAUCUUUGAUAUUUGAUAGAUUUGUCUAUAUUUAGAGUGUUGGCACUUUCCAUAUAUAUAUAUAUAUAUAUGAGGUUCACUGUGUUUUGGUAUAAAAAGUGUAAAUCAAAUGCCACUAUAUAUUUAUUUGUAUGUCGUGUUUUAAAGACUGAUUUAUGUAAAACAUAUUGUGGGAAAGAGCCAAGAUGAUUGUUAUUUUUAAAUAUAUUGUUUUAUUUUUGUGCUGUCUCUGCGAAAUUUCCUUAAAUAUAAUUCUGUCACAUUAAUACUUGUGCAUUGUGAAAUAAAUUAGUGCAGCCACUGAGGCAGAACACAGGUGUUACGUCAGGGUUAAGUGGCCCUUAAUACCGAUCACACCGAUGUGGUGAAAACUCACUUUUUAAAUGGAAAGUGUUUUUUUUCCUCAGUUAUUGACCACUAUAGCUAAUGAUAGUAUUGAAUUCUGUGGGGCAGAAGGAACAAUGAUUGGUUUAGAGAGAUAACCAAUCAAAUUGUAGAGGAGGUGGGUCCAACCAAAUAGAUGUCUUGGUCCUGCCAGCUCUACUUGCUUGCACACACCUCUACAAUCUGAUUGGUUAUCUCUCUAAACCAAUCAUUGUUCCUUCUGCCCUCAGAACAUUUCUGUAUAAGUAAAACUCCCAAGAGCAGUUCACACAUCUGUGUUCCUGCCGAGUUAAAUCUGGGUUAAACGGAUUUAAACGGCGGAAUUUGACCAGCCCCUUGCUGUCUUCAGGUUCAACUUAUGAAAUAACAAAUCGAGCCCCCAAGCUCUUCCCUUCAUGUGCACAAAGCGGCUUUUAUGGUUUGAGUUGUUGGGUUUGUGCUAAACACACAAAACAUAAGCACAUAACUUGACCUGAAUUUCUUCUGUAAAUAGCUGACUUUAUGAUAUUAAAUGUAAAAUAUAUGUCAGGUGCGUGAACAGUCAGUCAGUGAAGGGUCCCUGUCAGGUGGAUUAGAUUUUUUCUUUGACAUUUUCUGUUCCUGUACUUCUUGUUUACCAAAUAUUAAAAGACUGCAGAAAAUAAAAAAGCUGAUUCUUAGUAAGUCACAUUGGGUUUUUCUGUCUGUCAUGUGACAAUAGUCAUGUGACAAUAGUCAUGUGACAAUAGUCAUGUGACANGUCAUGUGACAAUAGUCAUGUGACAAUAGUCAUGUGACAAUAGUCAUGUGACAGACAGAAAAAAGCUGAUUCUUAGUUAAUUGACGUUGGGUUUUUCUUUCUGUCAUAUGACUUGUCACAUGACUACUGUGACAUAACUUCUGUAUCCAUGUUAAUUGGUGUUUAGUACGACGCUUGCAGAUGUUUGUGCAAUAAAACAGAG